ACUUAUUUCCUACUCACCAGAUUGUUCACUAAACACAAACCAGGAAGUCAAAGAACCCCAUCUACCAGUAGUACCACCAAAGACUUAUUAUUCAGCAGAUCAUUGGGAAUUAGUGAAAACAUGAAACCCAUGUCUCCCAUCACUACUAUUCUGUGCCUAAUCCUCUUGUUUCUCCUCUCCUUUGCAACCCCAUCUCCAUCUCAUGACUCCAUCACGGCGUACGAAGUUCUUGAAGAAUAUGACUUCCCGGUGGGCAUUCUUCCCAAGGGCGUCUUAGGCUACGAACUGGAUAGUUCCACAGGUAAAUUCUCUGUGUAUCUGAAUGGCUCUUGCACUUUUUCCAUUGAUUCUUACGAGUUGAAGUACAAGUCCACCGUCACGGGUGUCAUAGCCAAAGACAAGAUCUCCAGUUUGAGUGGCAUCAAAGUUAAGGUGCUCUUCCUAUGGCUCAGCAUUGUGAGCGUCACUCGGGAAGACGAUGAGCUGGCAUUCUCAGUCGGAAUCGCCUCGGCGGAUUUUCCGGUCAGUAAUUUCACUGAGAGCCCGACCUGUGGAUGUGGCUUUGAUUGUGCGACGAGUGGUGAAGGAAUUAGGAAGAUUAAUAAGCCCUUGAUUAGUGAUAUUCUGUACUCUUCUUAAAUCAGAUUUGCUUUUUGAAACUAAUAAAAUGGCUGUAACAAUAUUUAGUUCUAUAUUGGAGAAUUAGCAAUGACUUUGCUGGCAAUCCUCCCAGGGAAGAUGCAAUGACUUGUCUUUAA